AAACAGUGAGUGUGUUAGACUUAUCCUGUCCGAUUCCCAACAUCUGGCGUUCGAGCCAUUUAAAUCGUUGUGCGCCCGGCGCUGUCCAGUUGUCAGCUGUCUGCUUGUCGAUCUUCUUUCUCCUGGUUCUUGAAAGCUCCAUUUGUUUCGACAAUGACUGCUCCAGCAGAAUCACCCUGAACGGAGCGAGCUCUUAAGCUCGUGUACUUUCCGCCCUUCGGUCCAAUUAGGGUUAGGUGCCAUUGGUGGAGUGGAUUCGUAUCGAUGAAUGGACCGUGCUCGAAGAUUGCUUCGUUUAUUGUAAUGGUCCGACGAGGUUUCAAAUUUCAAUUUCCAGAAUUCGAGGCCUGAUACGAGAGAAGAGGGAAAGGCGUGGGAGAUUUGCGCUGAUUUGCUCUCCCAUGCGCUCUGGGUGCAUUGGGGCUUUCUGUGGUGGAGGGUGGCAGGUAAGCACAUUGGAACAAAACGUUGCGGCCUUCCCUUGACUCUGUGGAUUCAGAAGAGAGAGGGAUAGAGGAAUGGACAAAGUCGAGGAAUCUCAAUCUGUCCAAUCAGCGAGUCGAGUCGAAAGCGAGUCAAGUCUUUUUGUUCUCUCCUCGGAUUUAGUGGUGGACUCCUCAUAUUUCAGCUUCAAAGACGACAGUCCAAAAGCACAGAUGGAGCAGGGCCAGGCAGAAAACUCUGCAUUCAGAUACGCCAAUGAGGAUUUUUCAGACCUCGAGGAACUACAAGUUCUGAGGGUAGAAGGCGUGGACCGGCAGGACCGAAGAGUUGUUCGGAUCGUCGGAAAAUAUCUACCUGCAACGGCCAUUGAUCGCGAGAGGCUGAAGAUAUAUAUCACAAACAAACUGGCGAAUGAGAUAAAAGAUGAAAAUUUCAGCAUCGUCUACUUCCAUUCAAAAGUGGAUCGUGCAGAGAAUUCUCCGGGGAUGCUGUAUAUGAGGCAAAUAUAUGAAAGCCUGUCACAGGCUUUGCGACAGCAGCUCGCCGCAAUUUACGUUGUGCAUCCUGGUUUGAAAUCAAGACUUCUGCUUGCCACAGUUGGGCGCUUUUUCUUAAGUGAGGGAUUCUAUCAAAAGGUGGUGUACAUCAGCCGUGUAGAGUUUCUGGUGGAUUACGUGAAGAAGGGUCAAGUUGAAGUGCCUGACUUUGUCGUUGAGCAUGAUGAGGAUCUGGAGAAUAGGCCGUUGAUGGAUUAUGGCUUGGAAACGGAUCCAAACACGUAUCUGGACGCGCCUGGUAUGAAUGCAACAACGAGGAUUUUGGGCAGAACGGCUUAUUACUGACGAAGCUGUUGAAAAUUUGCUGUGGGCCACGAACUUUCAACGGGAAGAUAAUCAUUUCUGGCAUUCAUGUAAAGUUGUACAUAGUCAUCGAGACGGAGCUCUGUGAAGAAUUUGCGAUCUCUUUUAGGUCUUGUGACCACGGUAGGAAGUUACGGUGAGUGUAUUGCUGUUAGAAUUGAGGGUCCGAUGUAUAGCAUGACUAAAUGACUGCACAACAGGAAUGUCUGACCGCAAAAUAAAUUCAGGUUUGGAGACUCAACCUACGCAUUGAACAUGAGCAUAUCCAUUGUGACGUUGAUGUACAUAGUAGAGUAGUUUCACACUCUAGGCCUCUCAAACUGGUAAGAGAAGGAUGAAGCUGUCUGAGUAAUGAGAGGACAGACAUUCCUUUGACAAAUAUUGCAGGAUUUUGUUUUUAAAGGUUUAACGCUUUCAAAGCGCGGCUCAGGAUUGUUUGUGA